AUGAACAACCAUAGAAGUGGGGAAAACCUUAGCAGUGAGAUUAUGCAAGCACAAAUGUUUUUUGGUGCUACUGGGCAAGGGAAAAAAAGUUUCAACCAUACCAUAUGUUGGGAGGUGGUGAAGAAUUGUAAGAGAUUCCAAAUUAUUCCAACGGGUCCAAUGAUAGUAUUGAACGAGAUGCCACUCCAUGAGACAUCAGCAUCGGAUUCACCUAUGGAUUCUCCGAUGAGUCAAGACUCACCUAUCGAAAAAGAGCCGAGGCCUAUUGGGAGGAAGGCGGCGAAGGCGAAGAGAGGGAGUAAUUCUACCAAGAAUACAUCUAAAUAUUUGGAGGAGCUUUCAAAGAUGCAAGCCAUGAGAAUUGAAAUGGAUAUGAAACAACAAGGGCACGAUAGGGCAAUGGAAGUAGAAUAUGCAAAAGAAAGGGAGUAUGUACACCAAGGAAAGAUUGAAAAUGAGCAUCAGAGUACAGACAUUGUGGGAUAA